AUGUGGUGGCUUGUGCUGCAUGUUGUUGACGCUACUAAGGAAUAUGAGAGGGAAAAGGAGCAAGCUGAGGAAUUGAGGGUAGCAUUGGUCACAUCUGCAUACUCAACACUCCCAACAUUUCUCACUCGGGACACAUGGAUUUUGUUGAUCAGGACAUGUGGGAGCCUCAUGGAGAUCCCGCUGCACAAAGUGCCACCUGCUGACUUCAAGACUGAGUUCCAUCCCUGCAGCAAUACCCCAUCGCUUUUCCAGUCGCAAGAAGAAUUUGGUCAGCAUGCUACUGCUACAAUGGCCCCUGAUCCACACCCAUGGCACCCAUUUAUCGAGGAGGGCGACUACUUGUUUGCUGAAAUAGCAUUGCAAGUGGGCCUCAAUGCAUCACAGAUCAAUGGGCUGCUUUCCCUCAUUUCAUGCAUCAUCCAAGAAAAGGCAAAUGUUACCUUGUGGAACGAUGUUGACCUUCAACAUGCAUGGGACAGGGUGGCCAUGCAGGUGACACCGUUUACACGACACAACAUGACUGCACCUUAUAAAGGAGAGAACUUAACAUUCCCAGUUUAUGCAUGUUCGUUAUGGGAGUGGGCUCUUGAUCUCUUAUCGAACCCCCUCCUUGCACCUCACUUCAUCUGGGAUGCCCAACAGGUCUUCCGACAUAAUGGCCAUGAGUAUGAGAGAUUCUACUCAGAACCAUGGACUGGUGAUCGCUGGUGGGACAUUCAAUCUUGUUUACCUCAGGUUGAAAAUGCAGCCCUAACUGUCAAGGGUUAUCCUGUCAUAGCUUGUUGUGGAAAUCUGCCCACAAACAUCAGGAAUGGAGAGCACUUUGGUGGUGGAUGUGUCGUCAGCUGGUUGCCUAUUGUUCCCAAGUCCACCAAAGAAGAGGGGAAGACCAGCUACACCAAUUACAAAUGCAUUAUUUGGCAUGAAGCAUUCCUUUGUAUCAUUGAUAGACUUGCCAAACUCUCAAAGCUAGGAUACAAAUAUGAGUGCUAUGACAAGAUCACUUGGUGGCUCUUUCCCUUGAUUCUCAUCUUAUCUGCUGAUUAUGAAGAACAAUGCAUGAUGAGCCUAAUUCGAGGCACAAAGA